AUGACCGGACCAGCUCAAAGCGAAGAUUGCGUUAUCGCAACGAGAGGCGAUGUCAGGGAAAACACCCACCAAGUGCAUGCAGCAAUCGUGGACUCCACUGGACGAUUGCUAUACGCCGUCGGCAACCCUUCCCGUGUGACGUUGAUGCGAUCCGCCGCAAAGCCUGCCCAAGCACUCGCCGUCCUCAGCACUGGAUGUUUUGAGAAGUGUGGAUUUGAUGAAGUGGAUCUUGCUCUCAUGUGUGCCUCUCACAAUAGCGAGCAAAGACAUGUUGAUCGUGCUCGUUCCAUGCUGGUAAAGGCUGGCGUGACGGAAGAUGAUCUCAAUUGCGGCGGCCACCCAUCGAUAUCAAGCGAGGUCAACCGAUCGUGGAUCAGGGCAGACUUCGAGCCAACGCCAAUCAACAACAACUGCUCGGGGAAGCAUGCUGGAAUGUUGGCUGGGAGCAAAGCUCUGGGUGGCGCCAUUGAGACCUAUCACUUGCCGGGCAAUCCACUGCAGACGGAGGUCAAACGAGUUGUCGAACAACUUGCCGACCUUGAACCUGCUUCGGUCUUCUGGUCAACUGAUGGCUGUAAUCUUCCUGCUCCUGCCGUUCCGCUCCAGAGCAUGGCACAAGUCUAUGCCAAAUUCGCCACGGCUGCUGAUGCUGCUGACAAGGAUGACACUCAGACAGCGCGCAUGUCGCAAAUCUUCCACGCCAUGUCAACAUACCCCGAGAUGGUCGCCGGCAAAGACAGAUUUUGCACCACCCUUAUGAAAAAUUUCCACGGGAGGCUCAUCGGCAAGGUUGGAGCGGAUGGCUGCUACGGAAUAGGCAUACGAGCAUCAGAACAGACACGACGCCUGGGAAGCGCUGGCGCUAUCGGCAUCGCGAUCAAGAUUGAAGAUGGAAAUCUCGACGUGCUAUAUUCGGUCGCUGCAGAGAUACUGGCUCGUCUUCACGUUGAAGAAUACAGUAAAAUGCAAGAUCUGCGCCGCUUUCACCAGCUGAGCCGAUUGAACACGGCGAACGAGCAGGUUGGUUGCUAUUGCCAUGCAUACAGCCUGCGGCCUUGCACUAAGUCGUGA